AUGUCUAAAAGAUCAGCAGAUGAGGACCUCAAUGGUCAAAAUGCUUCAAGAUCAGUAAAAGCGUCUGAGAACUCGCUUCCUAUUACAACCCAAAAUGAAGCAUCAAUCGAUGAUAUGGACGUUGGGGAAUUUGAAGACCCAUAUGGCGAUGAUUUCGAGAGUGAUGAGGAAAUCAUUGAGUUGGACGAAGAAGCCGAUGGCGAUGAAAACAUGGACGAAGAAGCUGCCAACAGAAAAAUUGAGGAACUUGAAAAGAGGGAACAGGAGCAGCAACAGGAACCGGAGUCAGCAAUUUAUUUGCCUCACAAAUCUAAACCAUUAGGUCCUGACGAAGUAUUGGAAGCAGACCCAUCAGUUUAUGAAAUGUUGCAUAAUGUUAACUUGCCUUGGCCUUGCUUGACUGUGGAUAUUUUGCCCGACAACUUGGGCAAUGAGAGACGUACUUAUCCUGCUACGGUAUACUUGGCAACAGCUACCCAAGCCGCUAAAGCCAAGGACAACGAACUAAUAGCCAUGAAAGCAUCAAGCUUAGCAAAAACUUUGGUGAAGGAUGACAACGAUGAAGACAACGAUGACGAUGAUGAAGAUGAUGAUAUGGACUCGGAUCCUAUUUUGGAUACUGACACAACUCCAUUGAAACACACCACAAAUAGAAUUAGAGUGAAUCCCCACUCUCAGCAAACUGGAGAAUACCUCACUGCAACAAUGUCAGAAAAUGGAGAUGUUUAUAUUUUUGAUUUGGCAUCACAAUUCAAGGCUUUUGAUACACCUGGUUUCGUCGUCCCUAAACAAUCUAAGAGGCCAGUUCACACUAUUCGUGCUCAUGGAAAUGUUGAAGGAUAUGGAUUGGAUUGGUCUCCUUUGAUAAACACUGGAGCUUUGUUGACAGGUGAUGUCAGCGGAAGAAUACAUUUAACAACCAGAACAGCAUCGAGUUGGGUUACAGAUAAGACGCCUUUUUUCGCUUCCCAAUCAUCAAUCGAAGAUAUACAAUGGUCAACAGGUGAAAACACCGUCUUUUCUACGGCAGGCUGCGAUGGCUAUGUCAGAAUAUGGGAUACUAGGUCGAAAAAACAUAAGCCAGCAUUGUCAGUGAAAGCAUCAAAUUCCGACGUUAAUGUCAUUUCUUGGUGCUCCAAGAUCAAUCACUUGCUAGCGUCCGGACACGACGAUGGUACCUGGAGCGUUUGGGAUUUAAGGAACUUUACACAACCAAACCCAUCGCCAGUGGCCAAUUAUGAUUUCCACAAGUCUCCAAUAACUUCCAUAUCUUUCAACCCGCUAGAUGAGUCAAUCAUUGCCGUAAGUUCUGAGGAUAAUACGGUUACUUUGUGGGAUUUGGCGGUAGAGGCAGAUGACGAGGAAAUUUCACAACAAAGAAAAGAACUUAAAGAGUUACAUGAUAUACCACCACAAUUGUUGUUUGUACAUUGGCAAAAGGAUGUUAAAGAUGUCAGGUGGCACCAGCAAAUCCCUGGUUGUUUGGUCUCCACGGGAGGAGACGGAUUAAACAUCUGGAAAACAAUUUCAGUUUAG